AUGCACAACGGAACCACGAAUGGAACCGCGGAAUAUUUCGACCUUAAAGACAUGCCACAUGUUAUAAGAGCACUCGACAGAAAUCAAAAAUUACAACCCGACGUCCUGCAUUUAAUUGGUAACACUCCAUUAGUAAAGCUUAAUCAUAUCCCAAAACACGAAGGAAUACAAUGUGAUAUGUAUGCUAAAUGUGAGUUCUUAAACCCUGGAGGUUCAAUUAAAGACCGCAUUGCCUAUAGAAUGGUACUAGAUGCUGAGGAGAAAUGCAUUCUUAUUCCGGGAAAAUCUGUGAUAAUUGAGCCAACAUCGGGAAACACUGGUAUUGGUCUAGCCCUUGCUGCUGCUGUAAAAGGAUACAGGUGCAUUAUAGUUCUGCCGGAGAAAAUGUCAGAUGAGAAAGUAAACACACUGAAGGCCCUGGGCGCUGAAAUCAUACGUACACCCACCGAAGCAGCAUCUAGUGACCCUGACAGCAAUUUAUCGGUUGCCCGUCGACUGACUAAAGAAAUUCCAAAUGCUGUUAUGUUGGACCAGUACAACAACCCGUGCAACCCGCUGGCGCACUACGACGGCACCGCGGAGGAGAUCCUGUGGUCCCUGGACGACGACGUGGACAUGGUGGUGGUCGGCGCCGGCACUUGUGGCACCGUGUCCGGCAUCGGGCACAAGAUCAAGGAGCGGUGCCCCAAGUGCAUCGUGGUUGGUGUCGACCCGCACGGCUCCAUAUUGGCCGAGCCCGACGAGCUCAACGGCUCCGAAGGGCACAUGUACGAGAUCGAGGGAAUCGGCUAUGACUUCUUGCCGAAGGUUCUGGAUAGAAAAGUGAUCGACAAAUGGGUGAAGACUAACGACAAGGACGCUUUCAAUAUGUCUCGUCGACUAAUCAAAGAGGAGGGGUUGCUGUGCGGCGGCAGCAGCGGCGCGAUCAUGUGGGCGGCGACCCAAGCCGCGAAGACCCUCAGAGCUGGCCAGAAGUGCGUGGUCAUAAUGCCGGACAACAUCCGCAACUACAUGACCAAGUUCAUCUCGGACCAGUGGAUGGAGGCGCGCGGCUUCAAACCGGUGGCCAAGCACGACGAGCUGCCAUGGUGGAACGCCGUGCUCACGAAGAGCCUAAUAGAGCCAAUCAAAAGUAUAUCGGUGGAUUCGACCACGGCGGAGGCGCUUUACGCUCUGAAGAACUCGAAGGCACCCGCCGUCAGCAUCGUAGACGAAGACGGCAAUUUGUGUGGCAUCUUCACCGCUGACAACGCACGUAAGCGGUUGGCUAACCUGUCGGGUUCCGUGUCGGAUGAGCUGAGCAAAUUCAUCGUGAAGAAAUAUUACAGCGUGGACAUAACUCAGGUCACGGCACUAGGGCUCGUAUCGCGCAUGCUGGACAUCUCUCCAUUUGUGAUCGUUGUCGAAACGGAAUUCACAAAGAAGCGACCCAUUGGAUAUGUGACAACGGAGCACCUACUACAAAUAAUAACUGAUAAAACACUGAACCUAAGCUGCUUA